CUCUAAUCAAAUGUCUUCUCGCACGUCAAAAGAAAUGCCCACCAACUCGUACACCAUACACCUGUGCAUGUGUGCGUGUGCUGUCUUUCGCCUCUGUGAGCCUGGGUGCGGAACUGGGGAAAAAUAUUAACCCUGUAUGCUAUUCAUAGAGUGCGCCCCCCAAAAAAAGUAAAAUAGAGCUGCUUAAAAUAAUAAUAAACACCACUAACCAGAGUGCAGAGUGUGUACGUGCGAUAUCCUCCACCAGAGAAACGAGGUUUCCACGAGAUAUUGCGUGAUAAACCGAUAAUCCACUGCGUGGAAAGUGUGCAUCGUCGUGCUGUGUCGUCUGGAACGAGCAAAAAGAUAAACAAAUCAAUAAAAUGGCAAACGUAUGCGAGCCCCUAACGCUGGCUAAAGAUGUAAAGCGGUCGAUUGAGCUGCUGGAAAAGUUGCAAAUGAGUGGUGAAGUGCCCGCCACCAAACUUGCCGCCCUGCAGAAGGUACUGCAGAGCGAUUUCCUCAACGCCGUGCGGGAGGUGUACGAACACGUUUACGAAACGGUCGACAUUCAGGGUUCGCUCGAUGUGCGUGCGUCCGCUACGGCCAAGGCGACGAUUGCGGCGUUCGCUGCCAGCGAAGGACACGCCCAUCCGCGCGUCGUCGAGCUGCCCAAAACGGACGAAGGGCUCGGGUUUAAUGUGAUGGGCGGUAAGGAGCAGAAUUCGCCCAUCUACAUCUCGCGCAUCAUUCCCGGCGGUGUGGCCGAUCGGCACGGUGGCCUUAAGCGAGGCGAUCAGCUGCUCUCGGUGAACGGUGUGUCGGUGGAGGGUGAGAACCACGAGAAGGCCGUCGAGCUGCUGAAGCAAGCGGUCGGUUCAGUGAAGCUGGUCGUGCGCUACACGCCCAAGGUACUGGAGGAGAUGGAACUGCGGUUCGACAAACAGCGUGCGGCACGAAGGCGCCAGCAGUAUUAAGCUCACCAGAUGCAGUUCAUCGGCAAAAUCCGAUUUCGUACACACAGAGCUAUCCUUCCCCACAAAAACGUGUUGUAUGCGUGUGAAUGUGUGUUCAUGUUAUUCUGUGUUCGGAAUCGAUUCUCAUAUUCUCCAUCCUGCUAGUAAUGUUCAUCCAUAAGCGACAAGGGUUAUUUAAUAUAGAAAGAGAGUCUCGUACUUCUGGUACACAUAAUCCUUCCCCUCCGUUACGGACAGAUACCAUCCCGGAAGAUGCUUGUUUAGACAAAGUGUGUAUGUGUUGUGCAUUUGAAUUUGUCUCUGAACGUGCCAUCCCAGGCCCGGUACCCGUGUUAACGUGUGUUGAGUAUAAAAACCAUCCCCUCCGUGUUGUAUUCGCCCAGCAGUAUCGUCUAUGUUAGAGGACAACCGGAAGGAGUCUUCUUCCCGGUGUUGCAUCGUAUCCGCGUGAUCGUGCGGACGAAUGGAGUGGUCGCUAACCUUUUUGUCCCGAAUUCCCGGGUUGAUGGAAUGCAUGUGUUUGUUAGAGCAUAAAACCAAAAUCGCAGAGAUUAGAAACAAUUCACCCCACACACUACGAUAAUAGUAAUACUUAUUACACACCAUUCUCUCUAGGUAUGUUACUUUGCGUUCUCAUGAACUAGCGAGCGAGCGAGCGGUAGAGAACGAUGUGUUUUUUUUAUGUAACGGUAGACAUGUAAUAAAGUAACUUGAGUUUACCUGAUGUA